AAACUUUUAGCGCUCAUUAUCAAUCUUCAGUUCAGAGUGUUUAAUUUGAGCUUCAGUUCAGAGUGUUUGAUUCGAGAUGGAGAAAAAUACCAUCAUAAUUGUGCUUAUAAUAAUAAGCCUAGUAAUAAACCUAGGCAUCAUCAAGGAGUUUUAUUAUAAAGAUAUCAUAUCUAAAAAUUGCAUUAUACUGAAUAAUUGCACUAUGUUGAAUUCAGAUGAAAUAAACAAUACUAAAAUAUGCGAGAAUGUAACCAAUAUGAUUCAUGAAGAAUUUGAGGGUCUAUUGAGCCUGGGAGAAGAAAUUUUGAGAAGUAUGGAUUUCCUUCCAUACUCCAUUGUAGACAGAAUUGAAAAUAGAAGCAGUGCAUAUUAUGAUAUACAUUAAAAAUAGAUGUAAGAGGAGAAUUUCACAAAAAGAAUCAAACAGGUAAAAGUUUACAUUUACAACAUUAUCAAAAAGAAAAUUUCCAGCUCCUAAAUAUUUUUUUUUUUUUUACAGUGUAAUCAACAAAGUAAAUGCUGCAAGUAUUCUCCUCUCCUCCCGCACCU